GGGGAGGAAUGGUGCAUGAGGGCGGAGAGAGACAGCAGGCGUGACUCAGGGCCGCAACAAUGAUUGGGUUGUGAGACUGGACGGUGAACAUCUCAUGUCACCGAAGCAAAACAGAGGAUUUCUAACAAGACCACCAGACAAAUUUUUGUAAUUGUGCCACAGGUAACCGACUUCCUUAGACACCGUGGGGAGACUGAACUAUCCGAGCUCACUGCUGGUCUCGACACUCCCCCUCUGGGAAGCUCUCCUGCACUUUCCGGCCCGACGAGGCGAAAUUACACCAAAAACCAGCCCGCUUUUCUCAGCUGACUGACAUGGCGAGCAACCUCGUCUCCAGGCUGUUUCGUCCUCCUGUGUUCACGCAGCUUGCGUCCCUCCGGUCGGGCUGCGUGUCGCGGGGAAAGGCGGUGGCGGGGACGGGGACCAGACUUUUGUCGAGCGACCCGCCUCCGGAGAAAAUCAGUCGCUAUCCAGUUCCUUACAAGAAAGACUUACCUUAUGAUAUAGUGGAGCUGAUGGAGGAAGUGGAGUCAAAGGGAGGCUUUUUGCCAAAUGUCUUCAAAGUCCUCUCUCAUAGGCCAGCAGAGUUCAGAGCUUUCUUCGCCUACUACAAUGAGCUAAUGAACAAGGAGACAGGCAGAUUAACCAAGGCAGAUCGUGAGCUGAUUGUAGUGGCAACCAGCAUCCACAACAACUGCCUUUACUGUGUGGUAUCCCACAGUGCAUUGCACCGCAUCUACUCUAAGAAACCCACUCUUUCCGAUCAGAUUGUUGUUAACUAUGAGAUUGCCGAGCUGGGACCACGGGAGCGUGCCAUGCUGGAUUUUGCGAUGGCUGUGUGUCGCUGCGACACCAUCACAGAACAGCACUUCCAGUCUUUGGAGGAAGUGGGCUUUGACCGUGAGGAUGCUUGGGACAUCGCUGCCAUUGCUGCCUUCUUUGCCAUGUCCAACCGGCUCGCCCAUCUCACCGACAUGAGGCCAAACCCAGAAUUUUACAAUAUGGGCCGUAUACCACGGGACAAGAGCAAGGACAUGGCAGAGGGAAAGGGCAAGUGAAAAGGGAGUCGUUUUACAGACAACAUCAUAAGAGGUCACAUGUGACACUAACAAUAUGUUCACACAUAUUGAGUUGAGCACUACAGUAACCUGACUGACUCAGUGGUGAAAUAGAUGACUACUAGAGACUUGACAUGGAAAGAAAGUGAAAUAACCUUAUUAAUCAUUUUGUAAAUGUUUUAAUUUUUAAUCAAAAGUCUCAUACUUCAUGUAAACUGUUUUUGGGACAUACAGGAGGUGGCAGGUUUUAGAAAGGAGAGGCCCUCCACGUUGAAAAUAGCACCAAAAAUUGAGGAAUUCCAAAGUUUUUUCAUGUUAAAAUGUCCAUGUGAAUUACUCUGGCCUUUUAAAAACUGUGUUGUGUCAUAUGAUGAAGAAGUGUGAGAGAGACAGCCUGAGUUUGUGAGAUGUGUACCUUGCUGUGUGUUUUUUCUCGUUUUUGUUGUUUUAUUGGUGACUUAUUCUAUUUGUGUCUAAAUAUUGUCAUGAUGUUUGUUUAUAGACCUUGACUUUUUGAAUUGGAGGUGGUUCCAGUUGUUCAUUUGACUCUUUCCAUGAGGUGGGCGACAAGUUAUUUUUUUUGCAGCUAGGUGUACAUGAAACGUAAUGAUUGUAUCUUCUUAGAGAAUUCACAAAGCACCACAGUUGUCUUUUAACUCCCAUAAUUUUUUUUUUUUUUUUUGUAUAUUAAAACCUGUGAAAAAUAACCACCUGAAAUUCAGAAUCUUGAGGCAGUUCUUCUUUUCUUUGUUUAGGAAAUCAAUUGAAAGAACUGUUUGUUAUGAUGUUUUGCAUUAUGGUGUGUAACUACCAUAAUUCUCAAGCUUGCGUUCUGAAGUUUUAAAACAAAAACUUUCUCCAAGCCUCCCCCUUUGUCUUCUAAAUAAACUAUAUUUUUCUUGAUUCUUAGUAAGAUUUAACUCUUGUUUUUCCAACUUUUCCAUUAGAUCUCACAAAAGAAGAUUCAUUGUUUUGAGAAUAAUUGACUAAGUAUAAAUACUCUGUAUCACAGUCCACUGCAGGCAGCACAGUCAGUGGUGGGACUGUGUAUAACCACCAGAUGGCAACACAUCCAUAUACAUAUUGGAAUGGCUUAAAUUUACACCGGUAAAAGAAUAAUGGGCUCAUAUACCCCAUUCGGGCUGCUCAUUUGAGACUCCAGCUGC